AUGAAACUUCUCAUGGGGGUCCCUAACAUCUCUUACUUCAUACCACCUGAAGAACGGAAUUCUUCUCAAGGAAAUGAAGUGUAUUUGUACGGGUUUGAAGGUGUAAGUUAGUUCUUGAAGAUAUAUUAGUCCUUUGUCCACUGGCUAUGUUAUGUAUCGCCCCAUGUAAGGGCCGGGAGUCCAAGACAUUCUUGGAUUCUGGACUCAAUGUCGAGGAUUCCGGAUUCCAGGUACUAGAACUUGGAUUCUAGAUUCCAAUCCGCCCUACGGAAAAAGAUGGCGGCUGUACAUUUUACCUCAAUUCCUUUCGAACCUAACACGGCCAAUUACACAUAAAGAAAUCUUCCACAAGUGAGACUGGUCACAAAUUAAGACAUGCUCAGACUCAUUCUCCUAACUUACUUACAAUUUUUCAGUUCCUUUAUUACGUCCGUUUUCGCUGAAACUGAAUACGGACUGAGUUGCAGUUUAUUCAGUCCGUGGAUUUGUCAUUUUAGAGCUACGAAGUUGCGGGAAUGAGUCUUAUCAACGCUGAUGGGCCAAAUGAGACCCUCUCUUCCUUUAUUCGGAGCUUGUUCAAAGCGCUCGUACAUUUAAAUUGCUCGCCUGGGUGGUCAAAAAAUAACUAAUAUAAUGAUUUCCACUAUUUCUGCGCGAUGUGACUGAUGUGGAAAAUGUGUUUGUUUUUUUGUUAAGAGUCAAGCUGUAGAAUCUAAUAUUUUUCUUUGCUACGUUUAGUACCAAGACUUUUAUAUGUUUUUUAGCCUCCAGUUCCCCUUGUCGAUGUAGCCCUCUACAAUAUCACCGCUGACCCAUAUGAGAAGUACGACCUCAGCAAAAAGUUCCCGGAUAUGGUAAAGAAGUUCCAAGAUCGAGUGCAGUCUUACAUGAGUGGUGCGUUACCUCCUGCUAAUAAGCCAGGUGACCCGAAGGCGCGACAAGUAGCAAAGGAGAAUGGGGCCUGGACUCCGUGGAUGUGA